CAAAUGUUCAUUUUGCCGUAGGUUAUAAAUAGUCUAUAUUAUUCACAAUUUCAAUGGCACAUGAACAUUAUUUGGAGCAGGGAAAUAUCUAAAUACUCUUGCUUUGAAGACAACGUUUCGCCGGCUGAAGUAGUUUUUCCGUUUUGACGUUACAUUGACCCUAACUUGUCAAAAUGGCGUUGCUGGGAGUAACUGUUUCUUCUUUAUAUACUGUGAUGUUCAUUUAGAUAUGUUUAUUUAGAUAUUACACCGCACGAAACUCUAGUCAAGGACAGUAUGGCGACUCUGGAUCAGAAAUCACCCAAUGUGCUUCUCCAGAGCCUCUGCUGCAGAAUCACAGGGAAAAGCGAAGCCGAGGUUGCCCACCAGUUCCAGUUUGCAGUGCGAGUCAUUGGCAGUAACUACGCCCCCACUAUUGAACGGGAUGAAUUCCUGGUGACGGAGAAGAUCAAGAAAGAAUUGCUAAAGCAGCGGCGGGAGGCAGAUGCUGCUCUCUUCUCAGAACUGCAUAGAAAACUCCAGACGCAGGGUGUUCUGAAACAUCGCUGGUCUGUUCUCUACUUGUUGCUCAUCCUCUCUGAAGACCCCCGCAAGCCCUCCAGCAGGGUUGGAAACUAUGGGGCUGUGUUUGCCCAGGCCCUCCCCAGAGAUGCUCAUUCCACGCCGUUCUACUGCACCCGGCCCCAGAGUCUGGCCCUGGGUUACGGAGAGAGGUGUGCCGGACUAUCAGCUAGCAUGGCCACCAGUGGGAUCUCAAGUCUGGGAGUCUACACACUCAACGGACCCACUCCAACGCCGCAGUCGAUGUUGGCAGGCCAACCACUUCCAUCCGCAGUUGGGGGCGCUUCGUCUUUGGGUUCUCGACUGGCCUGGGCUCUUCCCACAAGCUCUUCCCCCUCAGCCGUAGGCCCAGCCACCAUUCGGCCACCCAUCGGACCAUUGCUUUCUACAACCAGAGCACUCCGGCCACGUCAAGAUGGCGAUGCAGCUGACGAGGUGAGCGAGGCAGCGCUGGUGCGGGACAUCCUCUAUGUCUUCCAGGGGAUCGAUGGCAAGUUCGUCAAAAUGAGCGCACAAGAAAAUUGUUACAAAAUAGACAGCAAGGUGUUGGUGAACAAAUCCCUGCGGGACACCAGCAGCAGACUGGCUGAACUUGGCUGGCUCCACAAUAAAGUGCGGAAGUACACCGACGCCAGGAGCUUGGAUCGGGCCUUUGGGCUAGUUGGACAGAGCUUCUGUGCAUCACUCCACCAGGAGCUCAAGGAGUAUUAUAGGCUCCUCUCCGUCCUGCACUCUCAGCUGCAGGUAGAGGAUGACCAAGGUGUCAACAUGUGCACAGAGAGCACGUUAACUCUCAGAAGACUCUUAGUCUGGAUGUAUGACCCCAAAGUGCGGCUCAAAAUGCUGGCCGCCCUUGUCGACUUCUGCCAAGGCCGGAAGGGCGGCGAGCUGGCCUCAGCUGUUCAUGCCUACGGGAAAACAGGAGACCCACAAAUGAGGGCGCUGGUGCAACACAUCCUCAGCUUGGUGUCGCACCCCAUUCUUAACUUCUUGUAUCGGUGGAUCUAUGAUGGAGAACUUGAGGACACUUAUCAUGAGUUCUUUGUAGCAUCAGAUCCAAACGUGAAGACGGAUCGCCUGUGGCACGACAAGUACUCUCUCAGGAAGUCGAUGAUCCCGUCGUUCAUCACCAUGGACCAGGCUCGCAAGGUUCUGCUGAUUGGUAAAUCCAUCAACUUCCUGCACCAGGUUUGUCAUGACAGAACACCACCAGGCAAAAUUACACCAGCGUCCAAGUCUACAGACACACCCAAAGAUGCAGCGGAACUACUAUCAGACCUGGAGGGAGCCUUUCAAGAGAAGAUUGACGCCGCCUACUUUGACACCAGUAAAUACCUGCUGGAUGUCCUGAACAGGAACUACCUUCUGCUGGAGCAUCUGCAGGCUAUGCGGCGGUACCUGCUGCUGGGCCAAGGAGAUUUCAUCAGGCACCUCAUGGACCUGCUGAAACCAGAGCUAGCAAGACCUGCCACUACUUUGUACCAACACAACCUGACAGGAAUCCUAGAGACGGCCGUGCGAGCCACCAACGCCCAGUAUGACAACGUGGAGGUCCUCAAGCGAUUGGAUGUACGGCUGCUUGAGGUGUCCCCUGGCGAUACUGGCUGGGAUGUAUUCAGCCUGGAUUACCACGUGGAUGGUCCCAUUGCUACGGUGUUCACGAGGGAAUGUAUGGGCCACUACCUGCGAGUGUUUAACUUUCUAUGGAGGGCCAAGAGGAUGGAGUACACCCUGACUGACAUCUGGAAAGGGCAGAUGUGUAAUGCCAAGCUGCUCAAAACCAUGCCUGAGCUGUCAGGCGUGCUACAUCAGUGUCACAUCCUGGCGUCCGAGAUGGUGCACUUCAUCCACCAAAUGCAGUACUACAUCACCUUCGAGGUGCUGGAAUGUUCCUGGGAUGAGCUGUGGAACAAAGUACAGCAAGCACAGGAUCUGGACCACAUCAUCGCUGCACAUGAAGUCUUCCUGGACACCAUCAUCUCCAGAUGCCUGCUGGAUAAUAACAGCAGGUCUCUUUUGAACCAGCUGAGAGCCAUCUUUGACCAAAUCAUCGAGUUCCAGAAUGCUCAGGACUCCCUUUACCGCUCCGCACUGGAGGAACUUGCUCUCCAGCUUCAGUUUGAGGAGAAGAAGAAGCAGAACGAGGAGGAGGGUCAGUGGGGCGUGACGGCUGAGCAGGAAGCGGAGGAGAAGAGGAGGAUUCGGGAGUUUCAGGAGACGAUACCAAAGAUGUGCUCGCAGCUCCGCAUCCUCACACACUUUUACCAGAGUAUUGUCCAGCAGUUCUUGGUGCUCCUCACAACCAGCUCAGACGAGAGCCUUCGUUUCCUCAGCUUCAGAUUAGACUUCAAUGAACACUACCGGGCCAGAGAGCCGAGGUUGCGAGCGUCCCUGGGAGCCACACGGGGGCGACGGAUGUCCAAUAUCUGACCUCAAGCUGUUGGAAUAUAAGAAUGACAAGCAAGGAAGACCAGCACUUCACUCCAAGAAGAUGUCCUGCCUUGGUGGAGCACUGUUGCACUGCACUGAACAAUCUGGCAACAGCGGAGUGAUGACAUCCUAGUGGAAGAUCUGGGAAACUAUCAAACAAACACCUAAAUACAGCCUUACUGAUGGGAAAACCCUCCCUCUGCAUGCUUGCCAAGUGGACCCCCAACACACAUGUGUGUGUGUAUAUAUACAUACAUAUAUAUGUGUUUGUAUAUAGGAACAUCUUUACACCAUCUUCUUAGAGCAAGAUGAGUCCGCUGACGAGUGCAAUUUUGUAUUUGUAACGGUCAUGAAAACAAUUGUAUUUAAUCCAUUUUAUGAACGCAAUUCCUGUCUACGUAAUGAAAUUUGUCUUGUGCAGGUCAGAGCGUAUUUCUCAGCAAAUCAGUCGACUCAAUCAUACACCAAAUGCUUGUCUAUGCUGUGUAAUGUUCAAAAGAAUAUUGGCAAGCUCACGCUGAGUCUUAAGUAAAACCCAACAUGUGUAUGCAAGUUUGUUUUCUUUAAUGAAAUGUUAAUUCCAAAAUGACUAAAAAAAGAAGAACGAGAGAGUAGUUAGUGGCAAUAUUUAGUGAUGUUGACAAAUCCCGAACUUUACAUCAGAUUACAAAAAAAUAUAAAUUGCAAUUAAGAUGGUCCAUUGCACAUAUUUUUUUAAUCAGAAUCUUUUUUUUCAUUGUCAUUAAUAAUUGGUGCUGCACGUGUAAAUAAGUGAUGUGAUGCUGAAACUGGCUGUGCUUUCUCUGUCCUGUACAUUGCACAUCCCAUCAUGUGUAAACUUCACCGAGCUCACAUCUCACACUGCGUUCAAUAAAGUCUGAUUUUUAAGGGUGUCAUGCAUUUGUUCAAA